AAACCCAUGAAGAAGAGAUAGCAAGUGAAAACUUCUGGAAACUAAAAAUGCUGGUGAACAAGCGGGUUUUUAGCAUUCUUCUGAUUCCAACUUAAACGUUUCACCCAGAAGGGGUUAGUAGUUUUCCCACAGCCCUCCAGCGGUCUCAACGGCUGACUCGCCUCAGGCUCGUGCGCUCCUUCCUGGCCGACCCAAGCCCCCCUCGGCGUGCACAGAACCCAACUCCUUCCCUGGAGGCCUGCGGACCACUGGCCCCGAGGAGCGAAGGGCCAGACUCUUCCAGGAGAACAAAAACAAAAACUCAAGGAACGGAUGUUACAAAGAAAAACGUUUUUUGCAUAUAAACAGGAAAAUCAUAUAUCCAGUAGUACAGGCCAGAAAGUGAUGAACUCUGAAGGCCAGAUCCAGGAAGAGACAAAAGUUCUGAAAUUCAAAACAAAAAUGGCUGGUAAAGAAAAUGUCAGUAGACUUCCUGUGAACAAAAAUAAUAUAACUAUGGGGAAAAAUUGUAUUCCUUUAAGACCUUCUAAUGAAUUAGCCAAUUUAACAAUGAUAAUUGACACACAUAAUUUGGAGGAUAAUAAUCACACAAGACAGUCGGUACCAAUUGAAGAUGGCCCUCAAAGUCAACACAUGACAUUGAGCCAAAUGUUUCAUCUUAAAAACAACAGUAAAAAGAAACAAAUAUCUACAGAAAAACCAAAGCAAGAUGCUAACAUGCCUAAGAAGCUUGUGCUUGGGUCUUACAAUGGUCAAAUUGUUCAAUCUAAGAUUAAUUCAUUUAGAAAGCCCCUACCAGUCAGAGAUGAGAGUUCUGUAGCAACAAAGAAACUUUCAGCUACUAUCCCUAAAGCCCCAGAGCCUCUGCCCGCAGACACCAGCAGUUUCACAGUGAGAAGUCACAGAGCCCCAAACGUGAUGACCACCACUCGACCUGUGAGCACUGCCUCUCAGGACAGACGGCUGGUGCGGCCUCCUAUCAGAAGUCACUGCAACAGUGCUCAGGACCCUGUGAAACAAGGCAUCAGGAGAAGUCUUACAAUCCGGAAAGGGCCUCAGGAGAAGGAAUUACUGCAAUUAAACACAGUUUCAUCUAGUGCCAAAACCAGUUCUCAGGAUGUGGAGAGAAAGACGACAGUGUCAAGAAGCCUGAUGUCCAAAAUUGUAGCCAGACCUGCUUCAUCUUUUAACACCAGACUGAUCCAGAAGUCAAAAAGCAUUGACCCUUGCAGACACUCUGUAGCAAAAGCAACUAUUGAUAGAUCAAUUCAUCCCAAAGAAACAGCAGAAGAGAGAAAAGCUCGUCUGAGUGAGUGGAAAGCUAGCAAAAGAAAAAUGAUAAAAAGACCUCCUAGCUCAGGAGUUACCCAGUCUGAGCCCGAAGGGCGAAAUGAAAAAUCAUCUGGGUCCUUCUGGACUACCAUGGUAGAAGAAGAUGAGCAAAGAUUAUUUACUGAAAAAGUGAACAAGACAUUUUCUGAAUGCCUAAAUCUGAUUAAUGAGGGAUGCCCAAAAGAAGAAAUAUUAGUCAUACUCAAUGACCUGAUUAAAGAUAUUCCAGAUGCUAAAAAACUUGUUAAAUAUUGGAUAUGCCUUGCACGUAUUGAACCACUCACAAGUCCUAUUGAAAAUAUCAUCACAAUCUAUGAGAAAGCUAUUUUGGCAGGGGCUCAGCCUAUCGAAGAAAUGCGACAUGUAAUUGCAGAUAUUUUAACAAUGAAGAGUCAAGAAAAAGUCAAAUAUGGAGAAAAUGUUGAGGCUUGUGCAACCAAGGAAUACAUCCAGGAUGUCAGCAGUGAAGAUAUAGGUGUUAAUCUAGAGUCAGGAAAACCAGAAACGGAAAAGAAACCUAGAAAUGUGGUAUUUCAAGAUGAUGAAAAAAAGCAAGAUGACAAAACAAAGUAUCUAACCAAUGAUGUUAAAACCCCCAGUGCAGAAACUGGAGGGAGUUGCUUAAUUAAAUAUAAUGUGUCUACUACACCAUACCUACAAAGUAUAAAAAAGAAGAUACAGUUUGACAAUACAGAUUCUACAUUUAAAGAGCUAAAGUUUCUAACACCAGUUAGACGUUCUCAACGUAUUCAAGAGAAAACUUCUAAAUUGCCAGAUAUGUUAAAAGACCAUUAUCCAUGUGUGUCUUCACUGGAGCAGUUAACAGAGUUGGGAGGUGAAACUGAUGUUUUUGUAUGCCGUCCUAACACAGCCCUAUGCCCGAUGUACUCAGAGACUGGAACAGCACAAGAGAAAUAAAGCAACAAUCAGUAAUGGGACUUUUAUUGUUCUGGGGUUUUUGCUUGUUGUGGCUACUUGUCUCUUAGAAGUUGGCCAAGUACCUAAGUAUUCAUGGCAGUAAGCUCUUUUACUGAUGUUCACAUUAUAGCAGGAGUUGCCUUGUCAAUCUCAGCAGAGGGAGUUACUAAGAAAGUUAAAUUUUGUCAAGUAUUUCAAACCUGUUUAUAUUCAAGGAACAUAGUGAUCAUAAUGUUGGCUUCACUUUUAAUAGUCUUAAAUUGUUAGCUAUUAAAUAUAAGUAAAUAUGCAUCAUCAGAAAAGGUAUUCUAGGUAAAAUUUAUAUAUUUAUCUGGACAUGUUCUUAAAAUUUAGAAUAUACAUGCCAGCCUUUAAACAGAAUACUGACUCUACUAUUAAGUCAUGUCCGUUAAAACAGGAUAGUUAUGUGCAAUUAAGUCUUCUCUCCACACAUAAAUAUCAUGUGUAAAAUUGCCUUAUAAGUCUCCAAACUAUCUUCUAUCAAUUCUACAAAGAGUCAGUAGUUUCAAAACUGUGUAAUAUAAAUGUGCUUGAAAAUCCUAGUCUUUUGUUCACUCAUUCCAUUUGUAUAAUGGCACCUGUCUUUGGUUCUAUUGUCUUAUGCUCUCGAGAAGAUUUUUAUUCUUUUAUAAACUGUACCUAAUGUUGAUUAAAUAUAUCUGUAUAGUGA